AUGAUUACACCUUUACUACGAAAUGUCAUCACUGUGCACGAUGUCAGGCAGCUGAGCUUUCGACACAACAAUUGCUCCGUCGGAUACUUUCCAUGUUCCAAAUCGAGUAAGUGCAUCCUACAACGUCAGUGGUGUGAUGACGUCAUCGACUGCCCGGAUGGAGAGGAUGAAGACUUCCGCACGUGCAAAAUGCAUUACAGGAUCUUUCUACUGAAUUUUUUCAAAAGAUGUAAAGGUUCAUCCGCUGAACACAAAGAGAAUUGCACCGGAAGUUCAUGUUUGGAGUCAUUUGUGAGAGAUUUGCCGAAUGUCUCCACAACUUCUACCUAUGGUAUCUCACCAUCCUCUUCAAUUAUAACUGAAGACCAGCUCUUUUCAUGCGAAGAAGAGCAGCAGGAACCCGUGCAUUCACUUCAAGAUGGCCUGGGAUCACCAAUGAGUAAAAAUGCCAACAAAUUUGAAAAGAGUCCCGUUAAAAGUACUAUUUCAAAAAACCAAGUAAAUAGUAAGACCAAAAAGCCAAAAAACCAAUCUGCACAAUCGGCAACUCUCACUGACAACCAGCGAAAUGAUUCCUUUCAUACCAUUCAUUCCGAUGAAUUUGACGUUUAUUAUUAUACUAGCUAUAAAGAGCGAUGUAACAUCGAAUCAUCCGAGUCCCUAAAAUGCCACAAAGCUGGUCUCACGAUCAUUCCUCCCAACAUAUCGAGUACCAUUAAAAAAAUAAGCCUGCAGAGAAACAACAUUUCUGAAGUUGAAGACGAAUCAUUUAGAACUCUCAAAUUUUUAACGCAAUUGGACCUACGCGAUAACAUGAUUGAUCACAUUGCUCACGAUGCCUUUGAUGCUCUCCUAUCUCUGAACUGCUUGCAUAGAUCUCGAUCACAACGAAAUCCAAGAAAUCUCGAGGCAGACGUUUGGCAAAUGUGGCAAUGUGGAGUUUCUGUUAGCCCUUGCACUACAGAUAAUUCAAAUGAUUUUAAAAUAGAUUUAAACAAUAAUGAACUCUCAGCCCUCCCGCAAACUUUCCAAAGUUCACGUAAAGAUUCUUCGUUGGAAUAUUUGUGA